AUGGUUUUGCUCCAGCGGGUAGAGGCGGGCCGGGGCUACCUCCUAAAAGGAGGUUACGCCUACGGUGACGGCAUCCUGAGCGCCUUCUGGCAUCCACAUCGUCUUGAUCCCUUCUUCAGUUCCCCUUCGUCGCGGCUGUUGCCAAAGCCCAUUCCACUGCGAGCCCGUUGA